CUGAAGCCGCCCCGCCGCAUCCCCCAGCCCCCCUAGCCCGCCAUGGCCGCGCCGCUCUAGGCGUCCCACCGGCUCGCCCCGCGUCGCCCCGGUUCCCCCGGGGCCGCCGGCCGGAGGAUGGACGAAGAUGGACCGCGAGCGGCCGAGGAGGAUCCGGAGCCGGGCAGAGCCAAGACUUUCAUCCGCCUUAAUGACCUGUCCGGGGCCGGGGGCCAGCCGGGGCCGGGGGACAGGGAGGCGGGCAGCGGCGAUUCGGAGGCAGAGGCGCUGCCCUACCCGGCGCUGGCUCCCGUCGUCUUUUUCUACCUGAGCCAGGAGAGCCGGCCGCGGAGCUGGUGCCUCCGGUUGGUGUGUAACCCAUGGUUUGAGAGGGUCAGCAUGCUGGUGAUUCUGCUCAACUGUGUGACGCUGGGCAUGUUCCACCCCUGCGAGGACAUCGCCUGCGACUCGCCGCGCUGCAGGAUCCUCCAGAGCUUUGAUGACUUCAUCUUUGCCUUCUUUGCCGUGGAAAUGAUCGUCAAAAUGAUUGCACUGGGGAUUUUUGGGAAGAAAUGCUACCUGGGAGACACAUGGAACCGCCUGGACUUCUUCAUCGUCAUUGCAGGGAUGCUGGAGUAUUCCCUGGACCUGCAGAAUGUCAGCUUCUCAGCCGUGCGCACCGUCCGAGUCCUGCGGCCGCUCAGGGCCAUUAACAGGGUCCCCAGUAUGCGCAUCCUGGUGACGCUGCUUUUGGACACGCUGCCCAUGCUGGGGAACGUCCUCCUCCUCUGCUUCUUCGUCUUCUUCAUCUUCGGCAUUGUGGGAGUCCAGCUGUGGGCAGGUUUGCUCAGGAACCGCUGCUUCCUCCCUGAGAACUUCAGCAUCCCCUACACGGUUGAUUUGGAACGGUACUACCAGACAGAGAACGAAGAUGAGAAUCCCUUCAUCUGCUCCCAGCCCCGGGAGAACGGGAUGCGCUACUGUCGGAGUAUCCCAACGCGGAGGGAAGAGGGCCUGGAGUGCACUCUGGAUUAUUACUCCUACAAUGACACCACCAACACAUCUUGCGUGAACUGGAACCAGUACUACACCAACUGCUCUGCUGGGGAGCACAACCCCUUCAAGGGAGCCAUCAACUUUGAUAACAUCGGCUACGCCUGGAUUGCGAUAUUUCAGGUCAUCACGUUGGAAGGCUGGGUGGACAUCAUGUACUUUGUCAUGGAUGCACACUCCUUCUACAACUUCAUCUACUUCAUCCUCCUGAUCAUUGUGGGCUCGUUCUUCAUGAUCAACCUGUGCCUGGUGGUGAUAGCGACGCAGUUCUCUGAGACGAAGCAGCGUGAGAGCCAGCUGAUGAAGGAGCAGCGCGUGCGCUACCUGUCCAACGCCAGCACCCUUGCCAGUUUCUCAGAGCCAGGAAGCUGCUAUGAUGAGCUCCUCAAGUACCUGGUUUACAUUGCCCGGAAGGGCAGCAAGCAGCUGGUGAAGGCCUACAGGGCAGCAGGCGUGAGGAUGGGCUUCCUCAGCAGCCCCACGAGCAAGGCGAGGGCCGAGCAGCAUGCCAGGAAGCGCCGGAGCAGGAAGAGAUCCUCCGUGCACCACCUCAUCCACCACCACCAUCACCACCACCACCACUACCACCUGGGCAACGGGAACCUGCGAGCGCCCCGCGCCAGCCCGGAGAUCAGCGAUGUGGAGACCAGCUCACUCCACAACGGCACCAACCGCCUGAUGGUCCCUCCCUCAGCACCCAAUUCCCUGGGGGCCCCCAGCGCCUCUCCCAGCAACACCGAGUCUGUGCACAGCAUCUACCAUGCCGACUGUCACUUUGAGCCGGUGCGCUGCCGGUCAUCCCUGACACAGCCCAGCCUCGGUUUGCCAAGCCCAGAAGGGAUCCCCAAGAACGUGGUGGGCAGCAAGGUGUACCCCACAGUGCACUCCAGCACCUCCCAUGAGAUGCUGAAAGAGAAGAACUUGGCGGAGGCGGCGGUGGGUGCUGGGAGCAGCACUUUGACGAACCUCAACAUCCCACCCGGGCCAUACAGCACCAUGCACAAGCUGCUGGAGACACAGAGCGCAGGGUUCUUCUCAGUCCAUGUUACAGAGAAAGGUGAUGGCUUUCCAGGUCCCUGCCAAAGCUCCUGCAAGAUCUCCAGCCCCUGCAGCAAACUGGAUGGAGGCUCCUGCAGCCCCGAGAGCUGCCCCUACUGCCUGGCGGCGCUGGGCGAGGCCGAGCUGUCCGACAACGACACGGCCGACUCCGACAGCGACGGCGUCUACGAGUUCACGCAGGAUGCGCACUACAGCGACCAGCGAGACCCACAGCGGGGCAGAGCCCGGGCUGGGAGGGCCCACCUGGUGCUGGCCUUCUGGCACGUGGUGUGCGAGACUUUCCAGAAGAUAGUGGACAGCAAAUAUUUCGGCCGUGGGAUCAUGGUGGCCAUUCUCAUUAACACACUCAGCAUGGGGAUCGAAUACCACGAGCAGCCGGAGGAACUUACCAAUGCCCUGGAGAUCAGCAACAUUGUCUUCACAAGCCUCUUUGCCCUGGAGAUGCUGUUGAAAGUCCUUGUUUAUGGUCCUUUUGGCUACAUUAAGAAUCCAUACAACAUCUUUGAUGGGAUCAUUGUGGUGAUUAGCGUGUGGGAGAUCGUGGGCCAGCAGGGCGGGGGGCUCUCGGUCCUGCGCACCUUCCGCCUCAUGCGCGUGUUGAAGCUCGUCCGCUUCAUGCCGGCGCUGCAACGCCAGCUCGUCGUCCUCAUGAAGACCAUGGACAAUGUGGCCACCUUCUGCAUGCUGCUGAUGCUCUUCAUCUUCAUCUUUAGCAUCCUGGGCAUGCACCUCUUUGGCUGCAAGUUCGCUUCAGAGCGGGACGGCGACACUCUGCCUGACAGGAAGAACUUUGACUCCUUGCUCUGGGCCAUCGUCACUGUUUUCCAGAUUUUGACGCAGGAAGACUGGAACAAGGUCCUUUACAAUGGCAUGGCCUCCACCUCAUCCUGGGCUGCUCUCUACUUCAUCGCUCUCAUGACAUUUGGGAAUUAUGUUCUCUUUAAUCUGCUGGUGGCCAUCCUGGUAGAGGGUUUCCAGACAGAGGAGAUGUCCAAGCGAGAAGAAGCGAGUGGGCAGUUAAGCUGUAUUCAGCUGCCUGUCGACUCGUCGGGGAAAGGCAAACUGGGAGUGCAAGAACAGGGUGAUGCUUCCAAGUCUGAUUCCGAGGGGGAUCUCUUCCCCCACAGCCUGGAAGAGGAGGGAGAACCUAAGAAAAACUUGUCAAAUCCAGCCUUGAUGGCCCUGAGCGAGCACCCGGAGCUGAAGAAGAGCCUGACCCCGCCGCUCAUCAUCCACACGGCCGCCACGCCGAUGCCCAUGCCCAAGAGCGCCGUGUUCGGGGACGCGGCUCAGGGCUUCGAGUCCCGCCGGGCCAGCGGCGUCUCCACGGACCCCGGUGCCGCCCAUGAGCUCAAGUCCCCGCCCAGCGCCCGCAGCUCCCCGCACAGCCCCUGGCGGGCCGGCAGCGCCUGGAACAGCCGCCGCUCCAGCUGGAACAGCCUCGGCCGCGCCCCCAGCCUCAAGCGCCGGGCGCAGAGCGGCGAGCGCCGCUCCCUCCUGUCCGGGGAGGGCAAGGAGAGCUCCGAGGAAGGCGACAGCUCGGAUGAGGAGCGCUCCAGCCGGGCCGGCAGCUUCAAUGGCUCUUUGCCGCACCGCAUGGAGUCGCUGGAAACGAAAGGGUCCUUUGACCUCCAGGAUACUCUGCAGGUGCCUUCCCUGUAUCGGACCGGCAGCAUGCACAGCACCAGAACGUCUGUCUCUGAGCACCAGGACUGCAAUGGGAGGACAUCUCCGGGGCUGCUGCUGCAGCAGCUCCACCUGGAUGAGCCCCACCAGGAUGGUGAUGAGGGCGAUGAUGAAGGUAGCAUGAGCAAAAGGGACCGCAUGAAGGCCUGGCUGCGGGCACGGCUCCCCACCUGCUGCAAGGAGAGGGACUCCUGGUCCAUCUACAUCUUCGCCCCUCACUCCAGAUUCCGUCUGAUGUGCAAUAAAAUCAUCACUCACAAGAUGUUCGAUCACGUCGUCUUGGUGAUCAUUUUCCUGAACUGCAUUACCAUUGCCAUGGAACGACCCAAAAUUGAGCCUCACAGCGCUGAACGGAUUUUCCUAACACUCUCCAACUACAUCUUUACAGUCAUCUUCCUGACUGAGAUGACAGUUAAGGUGGUGGCACUAGGCUUGUGCUUUGGGGAGAAAGCCUACUUGAAGAGCAGCUGGAAUGUGCUGGAUGGGGUGCUGGUGCUCAUCUCCGUCAUCGACAUCCUGGUCUCGAUGGUGUCAGACAGCGGCACGAAAAUCCUGGGCAUGCUGCGGGUCCUGAGGCUGCUGAGGACGCUGCGGCCCUUGAGAGUCAUUAGUCGAGCCCAAGGACUGAAGCUGGUCGUGGAAACUCUCAUGUCAUCGUUGAAACCCAUUGGGAACAUUGUGGUCAUCUGCUGUGCCUUUUUCAUAAUCUUUGGGAUCUUGGGAGUUCAGCUUUUCAAAGGCAAGUUUUUUGUGUGCCAGGGGGAGGACACCAGAAACAUCACAAAUAAAUCGGAUUGUACAGAAGCAAGCUACAAAUGGGUCCGGCACAAGUAUAAUUUUGAUAAUCUUGGCCAGGCCCUGAUGUCUCUGUUUGUCCUGGCCUCCAAGGACGGGUGGGUGGAUAUCAUGUACGAUGGCUUGGACGCUGUGGGAGUCGACCAGCAGCCAGUCAUGAACUACAAUCCAUGGAUGCUCCUCUACUUCAUUUCCUUCUUGCUGAUUGUGGCCUUCUUCGUCCUCAACAUGUUUGUGGGGGUGGUGGUGGAGAAUUUCCACAAGUGUCGGCAGCACCAGGAGGAGGAAGAAGCCAAGAGGCGGGAGGAAAAAAGGCUCCGGCGGCUGGAGAAAAAGAGAAGGAGUAAGGAGAAACAGAUGGCUGAUCUAAUGCUGGAUGAUGCAUUAAUGGAGAGCUCAGCCAGCGCAGUGCAAGAAGCUCAGUGUAAGCCCUACUACUCGGAUUACUCCCGUUUCCGCCUCCUGAUCCACCAGAUGUGCACCAGCCACUACCUGGACCUGUUCAUCACCGGCGUCAUCGGCCUCAACGUCAUCACCAUGGCCAUGGAGCACUACCAGCAGCCCAAGGUUCUUGAUGAAGCCCUGAAGAUUUGCAAUUACAUCUUCACCGUUAUCUUUGUCAUGGAAUCUGUUUUCAAGCUUAUUGCCUUUGGAUUUCGCCGCUUCUUCCAAGACAGAUGGAACCAAUUAGAUCUGGCAAUUGUGCUACUGUCUAUCAUGGGCAUCACUUUGGAAGAGAUCGAGGUGAAUGCUUCACUACCAAUUAACCCCACGAUUAUCCGGAUCAUGAGGGUUCUCAGAAUCGCUCGAGUGCUGAAGUUGCUGAAGAUGGCUGUGGGGAUGAGGGCCCUUCUGGACACCGUGAUGCAAGCGCUGCCACAGGUGGGAAAUCUGGGCCUUCUCUUCAUGUUGUUGUUUUUCAUAUUUGCAGCUCUUGGAGUGGAGCUGUUUGGAGACCUUGAGUGUGAUGACACACACCCCUGCGAGGGGCUGGGACGGCAUGCCACAUUCAGGAACUUUGGGAUGGCCUUCCUGACCCUAUUCCGAGUAUCCACAGGAGACAACUGGAAUGGGAUAAUGAAGGACACACUGCGUGACUGUGACCAGGAGUCCACCUGUUACAACACCGUCAUUUCCCCCAUCUACUUCGUCUCCUUUGUGCUGACAGCCCAGUUUGUCCUGGUGAAUGUGGUGAUUGCGGUGCUCAUGAAGCACUUGGAGGAGAGCAACAAGGAGGCAAAGGAGGAGGCAGAGCUUGAAGCAGAACUGGAGAUGGAGAUGAAGACCAUCAGCACUGGCCAGCACAGCCCCUCCAACAUCUUUGCGUGGACAGGCACCACCAGUGGAGAGAGACCAGAGAACCCCAGCGGAUUUACCAAUCCCAUGCAAAUCAAGAUGGAUUCUCAGCUCUCACUCGCUUAUCAUACGGAAAGGCACUUGUUUGAUACCAUAUCACUGCUGAUCCAGGAAUCUCUGGAAGGAGAGCUGAAGCUGAUGGACAACCUGUCAGGCUCUGUGUGCCAUCAUUAUGCCCUCCCAGCUCCCGAAUAUUACAACUCUGAGAACCAGAUCCCUCUAGCUGAGAUGGAGGCUCUGUCUCUGACGUCAGAUAUUCUCUCUGAAAAGUCCUGGUCCUUAGCUCUGACGGAUGACUCUUUUCCUGAUGACAUUAACACACACUUACUUAAUGCUCUGGAAAGCAAUGCCGCUCUCGGCUCCAGGGACGCCGCGCUGACGCUGUCGCCCAGCAAGGACCUGCUGAGCGUGAGGAAGCCCUCGGUGGGACGCACGCACUCCCUGCCCAACGACAGCUACAUGUUCCAGCCGCCCUACUCCAGCCCCGGCCCGGCCUCGCUGGGCACCAGGAAGCCAGCACACCACAAGUCCCAGUCAGGUUCGAAGGCAUCGGUGCAGUCGCAGCCGGCAGACACCAGCUCCCUCCUGCAAAUCCCAAAGGAACAUUUCCACCACGUGAGAGCUCACGAGCACCUGGUGGGGGAGAGCAAGCCCCGGGUCUCCCAGCAGGCACACUCCCCUUCUGCUGAAAGGCUGCUCCGCAGACAGAUGGCUAUAAGGAAUGACUCUCUGGAUAGCAAGGAGAAUCUCCACACCGAGGUGAGUGAACUCUCUGACCCAAAUGCUCCCACUGUGCCCAAGGAGGAGUCACCAGUGGCUCUGAUGCCCUCAGAAGUGAAUGAGUUGGCUGCCUGGAGUCGGGCGAGCGUCCAUACGCAGCAGCAUUCCCACAAUCAGUAUAAUAUUUCAAAGCAGGCACCAGCAUCCUGUGCUUGUGCAGACUCGUAUCAGGAGACCCCUGAAGAUUCAGUGGACCAAGAAGUAUCUGAAAUAAACAGCUCCUUGGAGCCUUUCACUUCAGAAACUUGCACAGUCUCGAGUGCCUGUUUGGAGGGUCAGCCUCUCACACCUAAGAGGAACGUGGGCAAUACUGGCAACGUGAUACUGAAGGACCUGAAGAAAUACCACAGCGUAGACACCCAGGGUCUGCUAAAAAAACCGCCCUCUUGGUUAGAUGAUCAAAGGAGACAUUCAAUAGAGAUUUGUUCCAUAGAAAACAGCCCUCAGCACCAUUCCACGUCCAGCUCUUCUGGCUUUAUAAGUCAGGUGGUCAGUGAAAUGGAAUGCUUGCAAGGUACGCGGCAGAAGAAGAAACUGAGCCCUCCUUGUAUAUCCAUAGAUCCACCUGAUGGGCAGAGUUUGGUACCUAGGGGACCCCACAGCAUCUCACCUGCCAGUGGAGACGUUUGCUUGAGGAGGCGUGCUCCAUCCUGUGAGUCCAAGGAUUCAGUGGAUAUAGGGGAUUCACUGCUUCCAGACAGUAUGUCAGCAUCUCCUACCCCAAAGAAAGACUUGUUGACACUUCCUAGCUUUUCCUUUGAUCAAACGGAAAUGGACCCCUGAGUUACUUUUCUGUUGGUGCCAAAUGUCUUCUUCUUCCUUUCAUGUAAUAGAAAAAAAAUCUUAAAAACUCUGUACUCCAAAAUGGCACUGGGUAAAAAAUUUCCAAAGAAAGAUUAAAGAACCAGCUGGUUAAAAGAGUGGUUAACCUAUAUCACGCUUACUUAAGCAUAUGUUCUGCUUAGGUAAAAGCAAUACAAUGUGCAGAAUCUAUAUGUAUAUUAUAUUUUAUUAAAUUAAUUGAAUCUAGUAUCAUGGGAUGUAGUACAUUUUGUGACUAAAGACUCAUUUAAUUUUCUUCUAUUUUAUGUAUCUCGGAAUAUUUCUGAGAUAAAGUUGGUUUUUACGAAUAUUUUAACCUAAAAAGUAUAUAUUUAUUCCCUUCUCUUUUUGUUUUGUUCUGUUUGGGUUUCAUUUUGUUUUGCAAAGCACACAAUGUAGCCAAUUAGUGCAUUACAGAGGAAAUGUAUCCCACAGUCAGCAGUAAAUAAGGAUUAUUUAAUGUAAUAUAUUUUUCCCCUUGAACUUCAAUGAUAUUCUGGGAAAACAAUUGUUUGUGUAGUACAGAAAAGCAGUUGCAAUUUUUUAACAAAAUAUUCCAAUCUUGCAUUAAAUUGACGUUCAGAGUAUGAAAGCAAGUGCUCAGACCCAGGAAGGUCCAACAUGCUGAUGUCUGAAGAUGGUGAAGGCAGAGCCAUCUCACAAUACAAGAUAUUGAAUUAUGAAAGGAUCAUAGUGGAUGUUAUAGAUCAUCCACUGGCAACUCAAAAAAUCAUGUCAAUGGUUACUUUUCAUGCAUUCCUAGGAACAGACAACAGAGGGCUGUGGUCACUUCCAAGAUGUUUUUGCAGUGUCUCCAGGAUGGAUUUUUAUUUUGCUGAGUUUUAGACCUCCCUCAUCCCUCUGUUUUCAGUGGAGCUCCUCCUCUCUGCACUCUGUGGAAAGGAGAGUGAGAUCACGUUUAAGACUUGCAGUGGGUGAAAUCAGGGCAGACAUGGAACAACAAUAGGCUUCAGCACAUGUCCAAAGUUAAGCUCUUGCCUAGAAUGCCUGGAGGUUGAUCACAUUAAAGUAAUUCCUGAAAAUUAAAAUCAUAUGCUCAUGUUCUACUGAAUCAAGGCACUUCUGCAAGUUAUUUUACAGAAAGUCUGUGGGUACUGAAAUGACUGCUGGUUUUCAGUAAAAUAGCCAGGUAUUUUGCUGUCACUGCUAGAGUUAAUUUACAUGACCCCAACUGCAAUUUUAUUUCCAAUCCAUCAAUAGCCUUAAGCAGCAACAGGAUGAUACAAAGUGGAUAAACCCAGAAUUCAUGUCCUUACUUUAUAACAUCAAUCAUCUCAAAAAUUACCUGUUUACUCCUGUGCUAAUGUCCUCUACCAAAAGCAAUCUGUAAAACUGGACAGCACAGCCUGAAAACCACUCGAGGUUGGCCCCAUUCGACACCUCAUGACUGAUGGAAGCCAGACAUUAACUCCACUCCACUUCCAUGAAAUCACAUUAAGAUGUAAGCUAAAUUAGACUGCAGGCAUGCUUUGAAGUGUGCCAAUAGUCAGAGGCUUGAAACCAAGUCCACAGAUCAUGCCAGCAGAGGCAGGAGGAGGAUUUGUGCUAAUUCUGUCAGUCGGGAGUCCGUAAAUUUUGACAACUACCAAUCUUUGCAAAUCACUACAACAUGCUGAUGUACAGCCUUUUAUCCAUUCAGAAAUUAGGCUGCUUCCACCACGUGUAUCUACAUUAGCUUGGAGUGUACACACAAGGAGAAGAUGCAGUUCAUACCCCACGGCCUAUGAGAGGCCCUAGGCCCCUUCAUUUUCACUUGAGGAUGUUUACUCCAUAAACAAUCCCUACUGAUUUACAUGUCCACAAGAAAUGUAAGGGCUUUCAGCAGGAAGUCAGGCAAUCAGUGUAUUUGAAGUAGGAGGAUUAACAUUCUCUACUAUUUAGUGCAGUUAGAUUAAUUCUUGGCUGGGACAUUUUUCCCCUCUUCACCACAGGCCCAUACAGAGCCCACUCUCUUUGAUAUGCCAGCCCAAAUCCAGAGUUAAGCCUGUCUAAAGCAAUGAUUUCAAACAAACCUUUCAUCAGUUCUUCCCCUAGAUCAUAUUUAAGGAAAUAAUAAAAUUACAGUGCAUUAAGCCUGAGAAAUAUUCUUAAUCCCUUUUUGGUUUUACACCCAAUAAUGAGCCCUAGCUUUUCCUUUUACAUGUGCUAAAUAGCUUGGGAAACUAGCUAGGCCACUAAAAUUGCCAUCCCUGGUACCUCAAUGAUUAGGAUUGUGUUCACAUAGCUGGAAUGAUACUACUUUUCAGAUCCUUCCUUACAAAAAAACCCACUGAACAUUUUAGCUUGAAAUCAUGGCACAAAACAGUGAUGUGACAUCAAUCCAAAUGUUCAACUCCAAAUGUAACAGAAAGCCUAAAGGCUCUUCUAUUUUAAUGCUUGGGGUUUUGCCUACUGACAAGGUUUGUGGAAGUAGGAAAAAAGUUUACAUCAUACAUUAAUAUUCAGUAAAGACUAGCAAAUAAAAGAUACUCUAUGAUGAUGCUUUCAGGAAAAGAAUUACAUGUAAAAUAGAUUGUUUUCUAAACCAGAUAAGUUUUUUCUAGAUGCCCUUUUGAAAGACAAAUACAAAUGUACUGCAGCACAUGCAAUAAUACUCAAAUCAUUUUAAAUACCUUCGGGAGGGUUUUAUAGAAUUUGACUUUUUUAAACAAAAUGUACAAAAUCCACAGGAAUUCUGUAGAAUGGUUAUGUUGAUAGAAUUUUUUAUAUUUUUGUAGAAAUCUAUAGAGAAAUUGUUAAAAGUCUGCGCUGCAUCUUGGCAACAGAAGCAGCUCUUAUCUUCGAGUUUCUUUUCAUAACCCUGGAGCCAGGCCUGCUCUGUUCAACGCGCGGAGCGUGGUUUCACGGCCUGCAUCCAGGCUGUGUUCGGGAGUCAGCAGCUGAGCUGAAGUUCCACGAUACUGCAGUGCUAUUUACUGUCCCAGACCUGUACCCACACAAAACACACCCCCCUCUCCCCCCAAAGCUCAGCCCUGCCCAUGGUGAAGUAGUUGCAUGGCUCUCCAGCUCAUUCAAGCACACCAGCACUUUACUACUGUAGAUUUACUGUAUGCAGAUGGGAGGAGGAUAUUUUGUUAUUGCCAAUCUGACACAAUGGGGGGAAAGAGACUGCAGACGUGUCUGGAAAAACGUAAAUUCUGUUCUUGCAGCCCCUAGCACAUAGAAGUGAUUUUUCCAAACUUGGUUAGAGGUUUGUACUGUAGAUAUUUUUGGAGGAUGACAAAGAACACUGUUUUUGACUUCUGUGGAUUGCACUCAGCACUAGGUGUAUUCAAGGAGAAAAUAAAAAACAAGAAAAAAAAAAAAAAACCACCAAAAGCAUUACCACUGUAAAUUAGGCUAUGCCCAGUCUCCCCUUUUCUGCCCCUUUGGCUAUAAUAACCCAUGUACACUAUUACACAAGGUGAGUAGAGUAGGUGCAGUACCAUAGCAAUGUCCAUAACAACCUAGUAUAUAUGACAGAACUUUGUAUUUAAUAGUUAAUAUAUUGUUAUACUGUAUCAGGUAUAUGGGCCAAAACAAAGUCUUUUGGUCGGGGCAACAAAAGGUGGUACUCAUGGGGAAAAUUUGAUUUGGAUUUGAAAAUUGGAAAAAGGAUAUGAGCUUUUUUUUU